GGCGCGCAACUGGCAUCAAUGCCCGUGUUGCGUUCCGAUUGGGCGAGCGGUGGAAAUGUGUCAAGCAUAUGCUCGCCGUGGGCGGGAGUAGACAUGUGUUUAUAAAGCUCCGUGGGGCGGUGACAGUGUGUUAGUGUGCACGACAGAAAGAGGUGGUCGUGUUAUCGCUUUCACAUCACCCAAUGUUUGGCAGGGGAGGCGGGUCGCCCUCUGCCGCUCCGCACCCUCACCUGUAUGGAUGACCACUACAAUCUCAUUGACUCGCCCUCAGCCAGUCAUAGAGGAAACAACGCCGACAACCACGGAUACGCGGAGACGGAAAAGGACAUCAUGACAGUCGUCGCCUGUGACAACAUGUUGGAGGAGACUGCGGCGCUCCCCAGUCACCUGUCGAUGGAUCGAUACGAGCCGGAUCACGAGUGUUGCGAACGAGUGGUCAUCAACAUCUCGGGGCUGCGCUUCGAGACCCAACUCAAAACUUUUAACCAAUUCCCGGACACGUUACUCGGGGACCCCAAAAAGAGGAUGCGUUACUUCGACCCUCUCCGAAACGAAUAUUUCUUUGACAGAAACCGACCGAGCUUCGAUGCCAUCCUGUACUACUAUCAGUCUGGGGGUCGUAUUCGGAGACCCGUGAACGUUCCUAUUGACAUCUUCUCUGAGGAGAUUCGCUUUUAUCAGCUUGGCGAGGAGGCGAUGGAGAAAUUUCGUGAGGAUGAGGGUUUCAUCAAAGAAGAGGAGCGACCUUUGCCAAAUCAUGAAUUUCAGAGACAGGUGUGGCUCUUGUUUGAGUACCCGGAGAGCUCGGGUCCUGCGAGAGGUAUCGCUAUUGUGUCCGUUUUGGUCAUUUUGAUUUCUAUCGUUAUUUUCUGUCUGGAGACCUUGCCUGAGUUUAGGGACGACAGGGACCCAACCACUGUGUCACCCAUUGUAAACGGCACCGGCCCGUUUGUGUCCAACACUUUCACAGACCCUUUCUUUAUAAUCGAGACACUUUGCAUCAUAUGGUUCUCGUUCGAACUGCUCGUUCGCUUUUUUGCGUGCCCCAGCAAGGCCACGUUUUCCAAAAACAUCAUGAACAUUAUUGAUAUCGUGGCCAUUAUCCCCUACUUUAUCACUCUGGGCACCGAGCUGGCUGAGAGUCAAGCCAAUGGACAGCAAGCCAUGUCGCUCGCCAUCCUCCGCGUAAUCCGUCUGGUGAGAGUAUUUCGCAUCUUCAAGCUCUCGCGCCAUUCCAAAGGUCUCCAGAUUCUGGGACAGACCCUAAAGGCCAGCAUGAGGGAACUGGGACUGCUCAUCUUUUUCCUUUUCAUAGGUGUUAUUUUGUUCUCCAGCGCCGUGUACUUCGCAGAGGCCGACGACCCUACCUCGAGCUUCAGCAGCAUCCCAGAUGCGUUUUGGUGGGCUGUGGUCACCAUGACUACGGUCGGUUACGGAGACAUGCACCCAGUAACCAUCGGAGGCAAAAUCGUUGGCUCUCUGUGCGCCAUCGCAGGCGUAUUGACAAUUGCGCUCCCGGUACCUGUCAUCGUUUCCAAUUUCAAUUACUUUUAUCACCGGGAAACCGACGGAGAAGAGCACGCGCAAUAUCUCCACGUAGGCAGCUGCCAGCACCUGAACUCCACGGAAGAACUCAAACGGACACAAAGCACGUCGUCCCUUAGCAAAUCGGAAUACAUGGUUAUCGAGGAAGGAAUAAAUAGCGCCUUCAAACAGCCAAACUACACGAACCAGAACAAUCAAAACUGCGUAAAUAUAAAAAAGAUUUUCACAGACGUUUAAAUCAUGUACAGUGCCAGACAGCCACAGGCAUGCCACAUUAUGUCUUACAAUAAUCACCACGACGCACCCCUUAAAAUGCAAGGUCGUGCGUUAUUAAAUGUUAUGGACAAACCAGCAUAUUACACAGAAGUAGACCAGGGCGCCAUUUGGGUACAAAACGGUGCCAAAAUGCACCGAUUCACGUGUUGCAUUUAUCUACAGCAAAAAUAAUAAGGCUUAGGUCAGGGACUAAAAACUAGAAGUAUCCAAACUGCAAAUAUUGUGCUCGUAAGUCCGUUUGUUAUCAGUGUUAACAUAUAAUCACCAUAAUAUGUUAGUAUUAACGAUAUGUUACGUUUUGUGGCAAAGUGAUACGAAUGUGUCGCUGUUAAUGUGAACAAACUGAAUAUGCUCGGAGAUAAUGUGUUAAUCAUAUGUAUUUUGUUGAUAUAAAUAUAUACAUAUAUAUCUCAGUGCAGACUCCGUUUAAACGCAAUGAAUGUUGAAAAAAUAACAAUACGUUGUUGAUAAUGUAAUCAAACUAUAUUGAAUCUCAAUCGCUUUGCCUGUACCAAAUUAAUGAAAGGAUUUUAUAUUCAGUCUAAAUACUAUUUAUUUUGCGAUCAAGUGCGAAUUAAUGUAGUCUUCUCCAGAUGAUGUAAACUCAAAUCACGUUUAGUCUAAAAAUAGCACGUUCACGAUUUCCCCCAAAGUGACACAUCACUGUAGUUUGGUCCACAAAAAAGGAAGCAUGCAUGGAGAAAAGCACCCUGGACUCAUCUGGCAUGGGAAACUGAGACGAGAUCAGAGACUGAGCGAGGGAUCACGCCUUCAUGACGGUUCCCCCUGAGUCCGCCUUGUGAUGCAGUCUCCAUGGCGACUACAGUUUCCUGGGAACAAGACACUGUGUUGACUGGAAUUCUGAGGUUUGCCCAAUUUCAAGCACGUUUGUUAUUUUCCCAUCCACACUCCACGAAAGCAACAGGAUAUUGAAGGCUUCAGGGGAGAUCCACGCAUCGCCUGCGAGGGAUGAGGCCAUUAUUUUUUCAGCGACCGAAACAGAGCUGACCGCACCUUCAGGCAGACAGAAGACGUCUGAAUAUCUCUGUGUCACCUCCUCUUUACCACACGAUGAACCACAACACACUAGAAGUGGCCUUUUUUCUAAACUCUGCAAGUCAAAUGUAAUAAAAGGAAAAGCAAUAUGAUAAGAAGCGGACUGUUGAACUGUUGGACAUGAGAUUGUCUGUGAAUUCACUGCCCUCUGCGAUCUGGCAGAUAUUAGUCAAACUAUUUUCUGGUAUCCAUCAUGUUUUACAGUUUAGCUGUUGUUGUGACACAUGUGAGAACUUUGUGAAAUCUUUCUUGCAUAUAAAUACUACUGUAUGACAGUUUUCAUUUGUCUCAUUGGAUUUCCUUAUGAAGGUUCAUAUAAACAAAUGCCUCGCUUGAUAUAACAGUUCUUCCAGUGUUUAUAUCUUAUCUUACUGCCUUUUCUCUACAGUUGUGUUAACUAAGACCCCACCCGACUGUCAAUAUGUGAGACUAAACUACAAUCUUUUUAUGUUUCUGUUAGAGCGCCCAUAGGCCCAUAUAGGACGGCUCUCACUAAAUCCUUGGUGUUUCGAUUCUGACGUCAUCACGCAACAGUGUUUUUUUGGCGAUUUUAACAAUCAUAGGUAGUUUAGAUGGUUAGGGUUAGGGUGUGGGUUAGGGUAAAGGUUUCGUAAGACUUGAAACACCAAGGAUUUAGUCAAAACCAACAAGCCACGCCCACGUAUCUGACUCGAAGCAUCAAGGAUUUAGUGAGAGCCAUACAAGACAGACCAUUGUUUUAUCAUUACUUGAGGUAUGGUAAAAGUAAAACAAAACAUUCACAUUACAUGUUUUCAUUAAUGUCCCUACACAAUUUGUCCAGAGCUGGACUUUGACCUUGAAUCAUGUCACAUGCGCUCCAUUACAGACUGCAAGCCAAACCUGUCUUUCCACGUCCCUCUUUAUCUGAACAUCUUAACAUCUUUAUCUAAGCUCAAAAGCAUCGUUUUAGUAUUUAUAAAUACUUCUUUGCUUUUUCUUUGAAACAUGCUGACAAAUGGGAAUGUAAUGAGAUAGAUUUGGCCCCCUGAAGAGUCACCGAUUGAGUCUGCCAGUUUUAGAUCUACCGGGGUCCCAUAUGGUUGGGAUCUUGCCAGCAGGGAAAUCCACUGAGUCUCAGAGAUGCACAAUCUCUCAAUAUUUCUCUUUACAAUUCGCAUCACUUCAUAAUCGGACAAAUCUAUUGAAAAAUGUGUGGUUUUCUAAGCAGAUGAGGACAGUAGUGAAGUAUUUUUACUCCCCCCUACAAAUUUACUUUACUACAUUCUAAAGCAUAAUAUCAUCAUACACCGAAGCACAAUACAUGUAAUUCAUGAACUGCAUUUCAUAAAUACAUUUUUUUAUCUUUUAUCUCUAAUACUUAAGUGCUUUAAAAUCGACUUUUUAUUUUUAUUUUCAAAUCAAUUUUAAAGUAAAAUUAAGAAAAUACUAGAUUUUAAUUCACUUAAUGUAAAUAUGAAAUGAUAUGAAUAUGAAAAAUAUUUAAAAAAUUCAAAUGAAGUGGAGUAAGAUGCUUUAUAAUGAAGUGAAGUGAAUUUCUAAUGUACAAACUCUGAUAAAGUACAGAUGCUUUAAAAUUGACUUUAAAUUAAAAAUACUUCCCUACUGUCCGCCUCUGUUUCUAAGCAGAAAUGUAAUUUUUGGAUAACAUUUUACAAUAAGGUUGUUUUGUUAACUUUAGUUAAUGUAAUCCUUCUAUAAUACUUCAACAGCAUUUUUAUUACUAAGUUUAUAUUAAUUUCAGCAUGUACUAAUACAUUUUUUAAAAAGUGCAACUGUUAACAUUAAUGCAUAAUGAACUAACAUGAAUUAUAUAACAUUAACCAAG